AUGGCUAACUACUACGAAGUGCUGGGGGUGCAGGCCAGCGCCUCCCCGGAGGACAUCAAGAAGGCCUACCGCAAGCUGGCCCUGCGCUGGCACCCCGACAAGAACCCCGACAACAAGGAGGAGGCCGAGAAGAAGUUCAAGCAGGUGUCCGAGGCCUACGAGGUCCUGUCCGACUCCAAGAAGCGCUCGCUGUAUGACCGCGCGGGCUGCGACGGCUGGCGGCCGGGCGGGGCCGGCUCCACGCACGGCGGCCCCUUCGGCGGCGGCUACACCUUCCGCAACCCGGAGGACAUCUUCCGCGAGUUCUUCGGCGGCCUGGACCCGUUCUCCUUCGACUUCUGGGAUGCGCCCUUCGGCAGCGAGCGCGGGGCCCGGGGUCACGGGCUUCGCGGGGCCUUCUCUGCCGGCUUCGGCGAGUUCCCCGCCUUCAUGGAGGCCUUCUCGGCCUUUGACAGCCUGGGCCGCGGGGGCGCCGGCCGGACCACCUUCUCGUCCACGUCCUUCGGCGGCUCCGGCUCGGGCGGCUCCGGCUUCAAAUCGGUGAUGUCGUCCACCGAGAUUGUCAACGGCCACAAGGUCACCACCAAGCGCAUCGUGGAGAACGGGCAGGAGCGCGUGGAGGUGGAGGAGGACGGGCAGCUCAAGUCGGUGACCAUCAACGGCAAGGAGCAGCUCAAGCGGGUGGAUAGCAAGUAG